AAAAAGCAAGAAGACCCCAAAACACACACACAAAAAAAAAACAAGACAAAGAAAUAAACAUUAGGCUGCUGCAAACCACCAAAGGAAAACCUUUGGAAUCUCUGGUAGUUGAGAUUUCAAAAACUGCCUUUCUUCAUGAACUGAAAGUCUCCCAUCUCAAGAAGAAGAAACACCCCACCUGAAAUCCAAAAUCCUUGUGGUUUUCCUUUGAAAAGAAUAUAUCUUUCUUUUUCCAAACCAAUUAAGAUGGUGCAAAGAAAGGUUCCUAACAAGCUUGGUAUCAAAACUGAUCAUAUUAAAGCCAACAAGCAAAUGAUGAACCACAAACCAUCUUUGCCAACAUCACAAAACCAUGAUAUCAAGAAAAAGAUGAUGAAGAAAUCAGGCAAAACCAAACUCUCAGAAUAUGAAAUCUGUCACUCACCCAAAUUCAGAAAAUAUGUACCUCAACCGGGAAAGCCACCACCAACUACUAAUUCUUCAACACCAAAGAAGCAGCAGCAGUCAACAUCCACUCCAAAUUAUAUGAAGUCCACCAGCAGCUCUGUUGCAAGGAAAGAGCAAUCUCAGGUUAGUUCAAGGAGCCCUCAAACUUAUUCUCAAAGUUCUAGCAGAAAGAAUUCAAAUAGUAACUCAAAGUUCGGCUCAGCUAGUUCUGUUAAUAAACCAACUAGAAGUUUAUUAGCUAGAACUCCUAGUUUUAAACCAGUAAGAGUUUCAGCAAAGAAAUCAUGUUCCCCAGUUCUUCUCAACUUCCAAGUAGAGAGAGCUACAUGUUCAUCAACUUUGAAAGAGACCAAGUUUCCUUCAUACCUUGAACUUAGUCCUGAAGGAACAGAAUCAGAUGGAACUUCUGUCUUCAAGGUUUGCCCAUACACAUAUUGCUCUCUUAAUGGUCAUCAUCCUCCUCCCUUGCCUCCAUUAAAGUAUUUCUUGUCAGUGAGAAGGCGUACAUUAAAGACUCAGAGGAAUUUCAAGUUGGGAUGCCUCUCUUCCCGUCGAGCUAAUCCCCAUGGAUUAGGCUUGAAUGAGAAUGUACCAAAACAAAUAGAGAGUACCACAGAGAAGGUCGUUCCUCUGACAAAUGAAGAUGAAAGAGAGUUUUUUGUUGAAAUUUAUAGCAAAGAAAGGGAAGAGAUGAAUGAUACCGUUGGCAGAAAAACCAACUCGGUAGAUGAUUAUAACAUCACUGAUUCUUCUGCCACUGAUCUUGAUCAAAAGAGAGAAGCCAUUUCAGCAGAAAUCAACAUUUGUCCUGCAGAGAAUCCGAAUGAAGGUGCUAGUGAAGAAAUCUAUAUACCACCCAUGGUUCAAGAAGAAGUGGAUUUUGAAUCUUUGAGUAUGCAUGCUGAGUUAGAGAUAGAGGACACAGCAGAAGAGCUAGAAUCUGAAGCUUCUGAUAUGGACUGGGAUGUAGAGAAGUACUAUGCAUACAGCGAAGACGAAAUAGGUUCAAUCUCAAAUGAUAUGGAUCCCAUCACUCUGGUUGAUGAUGAUGAAUUUUUCAACGAGGAGUUCAUGGAGAAAUCAUCUAAUCCUGAAAUUCUAUCUGAUAACACUCUGGAAGAGUCCUUGGAGAAAGGAAGUAUCAUCUCUGGAACAAGUUAUGGUUAUGAUGACUCCCAAUCUUCUUGUUCACAUACAGAAAUUGACAUUGAUGAGUACGUUGAAGUGUCUCAAGACACUUCAUUUAACUAUCUAGAUGUCGAUUUCAUUCUGGAUGGUGAAAUAACUGAGAAGCCAGAUGAUCAGCAUGGUUCCUGCCUAGCAGACACUGAGACAGAAACAAUGGAUUAUCAAGAGCUCAAUUUUUGCUAUCUUAAUGAAGUGCAAGAUGAAACAUGCAAGGACAAUGAAAAAAGUUCUGAUGAAAACAUUGUGGUCGAGAUGGAAGACACGGAAACAAAAACAGAUUGCUGUGGACAAGGAAAUGAAAAUGGCCAUGGCAAUAAUGAUAAACAGUUGGUAGUACAAGCAGAUCUCAAGAGCAAGACUAAUGAAGACUAUACAAGCCAUCAAGCUGAAGAUGAAACUGAAAAUGCCAAUAAUGUUAAAGAGGAUCCAACAACUGACGCAAGCUUGGAAAAGGUGAACCAAAUCAAAGAUAAGAAGACGCAAGCAAAAUAUGAUUUGAGUGAAGAACUGUCUGAGAGCAACAGAAACCUGAGAGGAAUAGAAAGGCGCAAGGACACUAAGGAGACAAAGGAAUUGAGAGAAUUCAACCCGCGACCACCAAAUUUCCUGCCAGUGGAGGCAGAUCCAGAUGCAGAGAAAGUUGAUCUUAAGCAUCAGAUGAUGGAUGAUAGGAAAACUGCAGAGGACUGGAUGCUCGAUUUUGCACUCCGACGAGCAGUGGACAAACUUGCACCAGCUCGCAAAAGAAAGGUUGCAUUGCUCGUCGAAGCUUUCGAAACAGUCAUUCCAACAUCUAAAUGGGAACCUCAACUCAGGCGCAGCACAGCAGGAUUUGCACGUCCUAGACCAAUUCAGGCUUGCAACUGAUGCCACUUCAAGGUGGACAUCAGCGCGGAGCUAGUAAGAAAGUCUUUCGUCCAGGAACAACUGGCUUGUUGCUCACAAGUUACAACCCUCCAAUAUAUGCAAAGAUUUCAGCUUAAUGGCGUUAAAGGAAUUGAUUGGGAUUAGAUGAUGGAAAACAUCAUCACGGAUUCUGUUGUAACUUAAUAGAACCUGAUGUUGUGCUUAUUUCUUAAGGAUGAUGCCUAGCCAUACUUUAGUAGUGUUGUGAAAGGUUUUAUGUACUUCCUAUGGUUUUAUCUGUUGGCUAAUAUUUCUUAUAUCUAUCCUGACAUGUUAUGGUA